AUGCGUGACCGGGUGGCAGGAAGGAGCUCGAAGCCGCGCCCAGGCCGCUCGACCCCAUCACGACCAAUCAGGGCGAGGACAGUGGGCGUCACCCUCGGCUGCCUCGCCCCUCGCCCUGUGGGAGCUCGCCUCCAGGUAGGCCUCCGGCCUUCCGUCUGGCACGCCCGGGUGCCCUGUGAUACCUAUGUGGCCUGUGCCGGUUGGAGCCAGGAGUUCCGGCUCCGAAAUCAGAAAAUCAGAAUCCGGUUUCCCUCGGGUGUGGGAGGGGGUCCUCAGGAAGCAGGGGCCCGCGGGUCCCCAGGUGUGGUGCGGGAGGUGGGUAGGGUGCUGGCACUAGCUGAUGGGUGGGGCGAGGAGGCCGCCAUCUUUAGCGGGGAGGUGGUGCAGCAAGGCGCGGCCCUGUUGGAGGGACAGGUGGCGGGGAUCAUGGAGGUGUUUUGGCAGCCUGUGGAGGACAUGAUGGAAGAGGUGGAGGAGGUGGCGGAGGAGCAGCAGCAGCAGGAAGAGCAGGAAGAGCAGAAGCAGGAAGAGCCAGGGCGUGGACCCACGAUCCCCGGGUCCCCGCUGGAGGCGCUGGAGGCCCUGGAGGCCGCGCAGUUACAGCUGGAGCCUGUGAAUAGGCAAUGCUUCCGAAGCUACUUUCGUCUCAGACUCACAGCACUUCGGAGGCGGAAGCACUAUCUAGAACACAGAAGCACCAUCAUCCAGAGCAUCCCUGGCUUCUGGUUCAAAGUUUUUGUGAACGACCGCCGGAUGUCAGCCAUGAUGAGUGCCCAAGAUAAAGACAUACUUAGCUACAUGACCAACUUGAAGGUGGAGGAACUCAGAUAUCCCAGUGAUUGCCGCAAGAUCACGUUGUUUUUCCGGAACAACCCCUAUUUCCAGAAUGAGGUGGUUGUUAAGGAGUAUCUCGUUCACGUCACUGGAUAUAGGGCGUCUCAUUCCACUCCAAUUCAGUGGCACCAUCGUUUUGAAAGGGAGGCGUAUAGCCGCAGGCACCACAACAGCGGCCUUAACUUCUUCAGCUGGUUCUCUGACCACAGCUGUGCAGGAUCUAGCAGGAUUGCUGAGAUCAUCGGCGAGGACCUGUGGCCCAAUCCCCUGCGCUACUACCCGAGGGAGGAAGGCCCCACCGGGACAGGAACUCCCGAUUUUGAGAUGCGUGUGAUGGAGCAUCACCCUCGACCUAAGAAGCUGCUUCGGAUGAAGGCGAACGGUCAACAUGGUUGUCAUGCACACGAAGAAAUGAAGCGGGGUCUGGUGGUGAAAUGUACAGGGAGGGAGACACCAGUAAACCUGGAAUAA